GUUCCGGCUCAGUUGCUCCUAGCAGUGACGGUUUCUCCUUUCAAGCGUGUGUAGGCUUUUUUUAAAGUGCUGCAACUUGCUAUAUUAUCUGCCAGAGAGAAAAGCCUUAAAGAACUUGACUCUAAGAGUGACUAUGAUUGAGGAGGUAUAGCUGUAAUGCCAGUGAGCUUGAGUAAAAUCGAACGAUCGUAAAAGCACCCAGGUCUACUGCAGCCUUCUACAUGUAGCUAGAGCUUACAGAAGAAGAGGAACAGAGCAAAAUGUUUUCCUUUUUCCAGUGAACAUUAUAGGUACUGAAGAAUUAUGUUUUAAACUUUCCUGUGUUAGCCAUGGAUGUAGCACUCUCUCCUAUGAGAACACAAGAUCUGGACCCCACGCCAUCUGAUACUUCUCCCAUGCUUAUAAACAUGACUCCUACAGUAGAUGGAGAUGGGGAAGAGGAUGUCAUGAAAGAGCUUGAUUCUGGACAGCAAUAUGACAAGCCACCUCCUCUACACACUGGGGCUGAUUGGAAGAUUGUUCUUCAUUUGCCAGAAAUUGAGACAUGGCUUCGAAUGACAUCUGAAAGAGUCAGGGAUCUGACUUAUUCUGUCCAGCAGGACUCGGAUAGCAGACAUGUGGAUGUGCAUCUAGUACAGCUAAAGGAUAUUUGUGAAGAUAUAUCCGAUCAUGUUGAACAAAUUCAUGCUCUACUAGAGACUGAGUUUUCUCUGAAGCUUCUCUCAUACUCUGUCAAUGUGAUAGUCGAUAUCCAUGCAGUACAACUACUCUGGCACCAGCUCCGUGUUUCUGUUCUGGUUCUGAGAGAGCGCAUUCUCCAGGGGCUACAAGACGCUAAUGGAAACUACACCAGACAGACUGAUAUUCUACAAGCAUUUUCUGAAGAGACAAAGGAGGAUCGACUUGACUCUUUAACUGAAGUUGAUGAUUCUGGACAGCUAACCAUCAAAUGUUCUCAAAAUUACUUGUCAUUGGAUUGUGGUAUUACUGCAUUUGAACUAUCUGACUACAGUCCAAGUGAAGAUUUGCUUGGUGCUCUAGACGACAUGACCUCCAGCCAAGGUAAAGCAAAAUCAUUUGAAUCCUGGAAUUACAGUGAGAUGGAUAAGGACUUUCCAGGACUUAUCAGAAGUGUGGGUUUACUUGCAGUAGCAACAGAUUCCAUUGCUCCUCAGAGUAAUGAAGCAUUAAAUGAGAAAACACAUUUACCUCUUGCAUCAGAAGAUGGAGAUGAAAGCAAGGACAGGAAAGGACCACUUGAGCUUUCACAUUCUCCUGCUAAUUCUCCUGUUACUGAAGGACCUUGCUCUGAAGAUGGCAUCUCAUCAACUGAGAACAAAACAGUUUCUGCACAGAAGAAACCAGAAUACAAUCUUUCACAACUCAGUGAUGAAAAAAUCAAACACCCUCACUGUGAAAACUCAAAUUCUAAGAGAUCCAUAAGAGACUGCUUUAACUAUAAUGAAGAUUCCCCCACACAGCCUACUUUGCCAAAAAGAGGUCUGUUUCUGAAAGAUGAUGUAUUUAAAGACUACAUGGAAACCAAUGACUUUAAAAGGCAAAUCUCUCAGAUAGUAAAGAAUGAAAUGAGUAGAAGUACACCCUCACUGUUAGAUCCACCAGACAGGUCCAAACUUUGCCUGGCUUUACAGUCAACCUAUAGUAGUCCAUCUGCUGUUAGUCAGUCUUAUGAUUGCUUAAAUAAAAUAGGCGAUAGUAAUCUUGAGUACACAAUAAAUAAUCACUUUAAGAACAGUCCUGUGAGUCUAGGAAAACCUGCUUACUAUACCUGUAAAGAAAAAUCAAAGCACAAGAAGUCUCAUGACACUCCACAGAAAGUGAAAGCUGGCAGAACGUCUGUACGUACGUGUAAAACAGCUCCACCAAUAGAAGUAAAAAAAAGAGAACAUUCUCUACAAAAUGGAAUUACUUCUCAUAACUCUCAGUGUCUAGAGGGCGCAGAAAUUGAUUCUUUUUCUGCAUCAUCAGAUGCUUGUAAUCAGGGAGACCUAAAUGGACAAUCACAAGGUAAAACUGAGCCUUUUAGUUCACCAUGUAGCCAAAAGAAUGCUUCCUCAGCUAGUUCUGAACAUAUCAACUCAUCACCUCUUUUACCGAGAAGAAAGAAAAAUAAAAGUUUAUCCUCAUCACCAAGUUAUAAUCAUAAACACAGUAAAGAUGGUGAGAUCUGGUAUGGUUCUGAUGAAUAUUUAGCACUUCCUUCACAUCUCAAACAGACUGAAGUGUUAGCUUUAAAACUAGAAAAUUUGACAAAGCUGCUGCCUCAAAGGCCCAGAAGAGAAGCUAUUCAAAAUAUUGAUGACUGGGAGUUGUCAGAAAUGAACUCAGAUUCAGAAAUGUAUCCUACAUACCAGGUAAAAAAACACAAAAAAAUGGGUAGAAUUUCACCAAGUUCUUCAAGUGAUAUAGUAUCUUCCUUGGGUGACAGUAUUGAAUCUGGGCCUCUCAGUGAUAUUCUCUCUGAUGAAGAUCUUUCUAUGCCUGUGUCUGGCAUUAAAAAAUAUACUGAAGGAAAGUUGGAAAGGACAGCUGCCACUCAGCGCACUGAGAAUGAAACUUCUGCCUCAAAUAAAUCAGCUUUAAUUCGUCAACUUAUGCAAGAUAUACAACAUCAAGAGAAUUAUGAAACCAUAUGGGAAAAAAUUGAGGGGUUUGUAAGCAAGCUGGAUGAAUUAAUUCACUGGUUAAAUGAAGCCAUGGAAACAACAGAGAAUUGGACUCCUCCUAAAGCAGAGACAGACAGUCUUAAACUGUACCUGGAGACACACUUGAGUUUUAAGUUGAAUGUUGAUAGCCACUGUGCUUUAAAAGAAGCAGUGGUAGAGGAAGGACGUCAACUUCUUGAGCUUAUUGUAUCUCACAAAUCAGAAGGACUGAAGGACAUGCUGCAGAUGAUUGCAAGUCAAUGGAAAGAGCUACAGAGGCAAAUCAAACGGCAACACAGCUGGAUUCUUAGGGCUCUGGAUAUCAUCAAAGCAGAGAUACUGGCUACUGAUGUGUCUGCAGAGAAUGAGGAGGGGACUGGGAGCCCUAAGGCUGAGGUUCAGCUAUGCUAUCUGGAAGCACAAAGAGAUGCUGUUGAACAGAUGUCCUUAAAGCUGUACAGUGAGCAGUACAACAGUAGUAGCAAGCGAAAGGAAGAGUUUGCUGAUAUGUCAAAAGUUCACACAGUGGGAAGUAAUGGCCUUUUGGACUUUGAUUCAGAAUACCAGGAGCUCUGGGAUUGGCUGAUUGACAUGGAAUCCAUUGUGAUGGACAGCCAUGACCUGAUGAUGUCAGAGGAGCAGCAGCAGCAUCUUUACAAGAGAUACAGCGUAGAAAUGUCAAUCAGGCAACCGAAAAAGAUGGAACUGCUCAGUAAGGUUGAAGCUCUGAAGAAAAGUGGUGUUUUACUACCAAAUGAUCUCCUUGAAAAAGUGGAUUCAAUUAAUGAAAAAUGGGAACUGCUCGGGAAAACCCUAGGAGAGAAGAUCCAAGACACAAUGGUAGGGCACAGUGGGUUAGGUCCACGUGACCUGCUCUCGCCUGAAAGCGGCAGCCUGGUAAGGCAGCUGGAGGUCAGGAUCAAAGAGCUGAAAGGGUGGCUGAGAGAUACAGAGCUUUUCAUCUUCAAUUCCUGUCUGAGACAAGAAAAUGAAGGAACAAUGAAUGCUGAGAAACAACUGCAAUAUUUUAAGUCCCUAUGCUGUGAGAUCAAGCUGAGACGCCGUGGGGUUGCCUCUGUGCUGCGGCUGUGCCAGCACCUCCUGGAUGACCAGGAGACCUGCAACCUGAGUGCAGAUCACCAGUCCAUGCAGCUGAUAAUCGUAAACCUUGAGAGGAGGUGGGAAGCCAUUGUCAUGCAAGCUGUCCAGUGGCAGACAAGGCUACAGAAGAGACUGGAAAAAGACCCAGAGUCUCUGAACUUUAUUGAUCCAAGUUUGAUGGAUCUAAAUGGUCCAAGUGAAGAUGCACUAGAAUGGGAUGAAACUGAUAUUAGUAACAAGCUGAUCAGUGUUAAUGAAGAUUUAAGUGAUCCUGAUCAGGAACUCAAAAAAGAUGAUCUAAGCCAGAAAUCUACUUCAGGAGAAUGUGGCAGCAAUGAUGUGAAUGAAGAUGAAAGUAUCAGUGAUCGUGGAAGUCCUCUUUAUUGUUCCAGCAUUACUUCCCCUCCAAAUCCUCACAUCUAUCAGGUCUAUAGUCUUCAUAAUAUCGAAUUAUCAGAAAAAAAACACAUGCCUUUCUUGAAAAAAGCAUCAAAACUCUCCAGUGUAACACAGUCUAACAUUUUAAACAAAAGUCUUAGUAAAGACUCUUCGUUUUCAUCUACCAAAUCCUUGCCGGACCUAAUAGGGGGAACAAUGUUGGCAAAAUCAUAUAACUAUAUGUACCAGAGUGGGAACAUAAGCAGGCAUUCCGAGAGUGAAAGUGGAAUAGUGAGUGAAUGUGAUACAGAAACUACAAAUAAUUCAGAAAUUUUUUUACUAAAUGAUAUUGAAAGCACUCAGAGCAAUCCUGAAAUUGGUCACACAGGAACUCAAAUGGAUGACAUAAUUGAUGUAAUAAAACAAAAAAUAAAGCAAGAUGAAGAAGACCAUGCUAGUCUCUCAGAUGAUUUUCAGUUGGCACCAUCUGGAGGUUGUGGAAAUGAAAUUGAUAGGGACUUGGACAACAUUACCAUGUGUAAAACUGUUUGUUUAGAAGAACUGCAAGGAAAACAAGAUGUGUUUACAUUUUAUGAUUACUCAUAUCUUCAAGGCUCCAAAUUCAAAUUGCCAGCAAUAAUGAAACAGUCACAAACUGAAAAGACACAAACAGAGGGUGCUUUGUUUCAUGGUUUUUGUUUUGAUAAAAUACCUGGUAAAUCUGAACAUAAGCCUGGAGAGUCACAACCAGAUGAGUUUAUUCAUGACCAUAAUCUGGCAAAUAUCCCUGGAGGAUCAGAUCCCAAUUCCUCUAAGUCUGUGGAAACAGUAAGAAAACUAAUUGCUACAGAAAAUACAAGACAGCUUUCUGCUUUAUCUCAUAGUUCUUCAUUAGAAUCUCUGUCUGUAGUAGGUGAUUUAUUCAGCUCAGGUAUUUUUAAAAGUGGAGAUGGUCUUCAACGAAGCACCUCUUUGGAGAGCUGGCUGACUUCCUACAAAAGCAAUGAAGAUCUUUUUAGUCAUCAUGGCUCAGGAGACAUUAGUGCAAGCAGUGAUUCUGUUGGAGAGCUCAGCAAAAGGACAUUAGAUCUUCUGAAUCGUUUAGAGAACAUCCAGAGUCCAUUAGAACAAAAGAUAAAGCGCAGUAUCUCCGAUAUAACACUCCAAAGUAGUUCUCAAAAAAUGUCUUUUACUGGACAGCUGUCUGUAGAUAUUGCUUCCUCAGUAAAUGAAGACUCAGCAGCUUCUCUCACAGAGCUCAGCAGCAGUGAGGAUCUUUCUCUCUGUUCUGAAGACAUAGUACUGCACAGAAAUAAAAUACCGGAUUCAAAUGCAUCAUUUAGAAAACAUCUUAAUAGAUCUGUAGCUGAUGAGAGUGAUGUCAAUGUUAGCAUGAUUGUUAAUGUCUCCUGCACUUCUGCUUGCACUGAUGAUGAAGAUGACAGUGAUUUGCUUUCGAGUUCCACCCUUACCUUAACUGAGGAAGAGCUAGGUAUCAAAGAUGAAGAUGAUGACUCCAGUAUAGCAACUGAUGAGGAUAUUUAUGAAGAAUGCAAUUUAAUUUCAGGACUUGAUUAUAUAAAAAAUGAACUCCAAACUUGGAUGAGACCAAAAUUUUCUUUGACAAGAGAGAAGAGGAAAAGUAACCUCAGUGAUGAAAUUCAGCACAGUAAAGUUAGUAAUGAGACAACAAAAGCCACAGAUACACUGAACAUUGAAGCACUUUUGAAUGGUUCGGUGCAGAAAAUAACAGAAAAUAAUGGCAACAGUAAGAAUGUAUCACGUAAUCGUGAAAAGGGAACAAAGGGUCACCUGAUGAAAGAUAUCUCUCAGGUUGUGAAGGAUCAACUUGUGGAUGAUAUGGAGAAUGGCAAUGUUGAAAAUACUCUUGCCAGUCAUAAGGGAGAUCUUGUUAGAACAUCAGCAACUUCCAAAACUCAUGCAUCACUUGGUGUAAAAGAAGCUGAAAAUGAAUUUCGUAUCUGUGAAGCAUUUACAGACAGUUCGGAUGAUUCACAUAUGGAUGGAAAGGAGACUGUUCUGUUGUCAGUUGGAUCCAGAAACCCUCCAAAAGAAUGUCAAAGUCAUCUUCAGUCUGAUUAUCACUGCACUGCUUUCUCUCCUGCUAAAAAGCCUUGUCUUGAAUCUUCCUCAGAAACAAGCUCUGUAGACACACAAGCUGCUACUUUUCAAACAUCCUUAGCUGAUGAUCAACAACACAAAAUAAGCGUUGCUGAAAAAUCUACUGAUUGCUGUGCAGUUUUGAAAUCUAGUAAGGCAGAAUAUGACUCCUCAGCCAAUGGACCUGAUUUAUGCUGUAACUGUGACUCUGCUGCUUUUGAUAAAAGAAAUAUGGAAGAUGACUCAGUACACAGCUUUGUGAAGGAGAUAAUAGACAUGGCAUCAACAGCUUUGAAAAGUAAGUCACAACCUGAAUGUGAGUCAUCUGCUCCAGCUUCAUUAACACAGAUAAAAGAAAAAGUGUUGGAACACUCUCACAGACCCAUUGAGCUAAGAAAAGGGGACUUCUAUUCUUAUCUUUCACUUUCUUCUCAUGAUAGUGACUGUGGAGAAGUAAUCAAAUACAUAGAGGAAAAGAGCAGUACACCUGUGCCACUGGACUUUACAGAUGAGAGGGAUAAUAUUGAAUGCUUUUUUGAAGCAUGCCCUGAAGAUGAACGUGUUGAGCAACAGCAGUCCAUUUGUAAUGGUACUCCUGAAGCAAGAGCUGAGCAGCAGCAGCAGCCUAUUUGUAAUAUUACUUCUGAAACAUCUCCAGAGUCACCAGAUGAAUUGACUUUGGCAUCAUUAGGAAAAGUUAAAGCUUCAUUAGAAGAUAGUGAUUUAUCUUUUCUAUGUGAUGAUGACAAUAUAAAUUCCUCCAAUCCUAACAAAGAAAAUGCAUCAAACAAUUUGAAAAAUGCUGUGGAUGAUUUGUUGAUUUCAGACUGGCAAACAGAAGGUUUGGAUAAGAAUUUUCCAGAGCUCAGCAGUACAAAGAGUAGUAUAGGAAAAUCACCUGGAACUGAAGAUCUCAAAGGAUGUGUUGCUGCUUCUGAAGAGGCUUCAGCUACAGAGUUUCAUUUAAAGCAUGACCAUUCACAGAAUGAGGAGGUUUUACACCAGAACACUAAAACUCUUACUUGUGAAGAAAAUCUCUUGAAUCUUCGUAAAGAAAGACGUUUUAAUAUGCGCAGAUAGAAUGUAACACUCUCCAGGCAUAUACAUUAUCCUAAAAACAGAAACUUGGCUGCAAUUCAGGUGCAGGUUCAUCCUGUAAACCCUGGGAUGACCUCCAAUUCCAUUGUAUCACUGCCUUUCAUUACAUUGACUCCCAAGAUAAUUUUUUUUUUCAAAUGUGAUUUGUCCAUGUUGGCUUUGUGAUCAGAUUGCAUAUGCUAGUCCUAUUUCAGUGCUCAUUUUGUGUGGUAGCAAAGCCGUUUGCUUUCAUAUGGAUUCCUCUCCCAAGCUACCUCUAAUGACCUCCCUUCCUAAAAUGAAUGCUCCUGUACUACUUAUCACUGUUUCUGUUCUUUAAAGUUUUGAAGUUCCACAGGAUUUAUGAUCAAUCUGAUUCAUCUUUUCAGUACUGUACCUGCCAGUACUCCUCUAUUUUGUGUAUCAAAUUUAAUAUUUAUGUGUAUAAUGCAUAAACUUAUUGAAGCUAUUUUGAUUUGACAAUUCUGUUGGAUUGCAGCAAAAGGAAAUCAUUUAUCCUCCUGAUUCAAUGCAUCUAAAAAUAAACAAUUAAAAUAAAUAAAUGUCAUUUUAUUUAUUUAAUUUUAAAAUUUAAUCUAUGCAACACUUCAAGAAACAACUACAUGGUGUUGUAUAUUAGGAACUGUUGACAUUCUACUGAAUUAAGUACAACAUUUUGAUUUUUUAUGCUUCUUGAGGUGGUAAUGAGUAAAAAAAAAAGUUUUUAAAAAAUGUGUGCCUUGCUGAAUUUCUUAUACCAUUUAUUAAAAAGCUGCUUUCACAGUAAAAUUAUGUUGAUUUGGAAGGAGGAAAUAGCAAGGUUAAGUUGUGUGAAUAAUUUCUGUAUAUAUGUAUAACCAAGUGCAAACAUUGAUGUAUAAUGACAGUAUAAAAUGCUUUUGUGUUUGUGAUGUCCAGUGAUGUGGAAAAUAUAAGCCUUAAAACCAUUAGAUUGCAUGGUAAUUAGAAUUGGCAUAAUAAACAUAGUUUAUUGGGGAAAUAAAAAAGCAGAACUGGUGAUGUGUUUUACCUGCGUUCUAAGAACAGAAUGCUGCAUCAAAAUACAGAGAAAUUCCUUUUUGUUUGAAAAGAUUUCACAGAGAGAAGCAGUUCCAUAGCCGGUGAAGAUUUGUGUUACCUGGCUCAGAAGGAAAGAUCCUUUUCUUAAAGAUUUGGCAGGCCUCCCAAGUCAAACAAGGAGAGACAAGCAAUCAAUGCAUUAAGCUAACGUAACUGCCAACAGCCAUUAAAAGUGGUCAAGCACACUUUGAUAUCAGACAUUUUCCUUUUUCUUUUUUUUUUUUUUUAUCAUUGGAAUAUUGGGUUAUAGAAUGUUCUCUGAUUCUUAAACUUUCUUUCAUUUGCAUAAUUAUAUUGAAUAAGCGUUAUAUAUAUUCAUAUGGACACUUAUACAGUUUGCUCUUUCAAUGACUUAGGCUGUACAAUUUAAAGGUUUUUCUCUUGUGCUGGCUGACUAAAUCAAGCCAGAUCUACCUCUGCAAACAUUGCUUUCAUCUCCUAAAAUCAUCUUUUGCCAUUUUUUCCAUGUAUAUAAGUUUUUUUGUUGUUAU